AGUGACGUGUAAAGAUGGGUUCCGAUCCAUGGAAUAUAAGCACGGAGCCGGGUAAUUGACUCAACCAAAACACAUAAAACCAAAAGGCAGAGAGAGAUAGAGAGAGACACAGAAAAAGAAGAGUGAUGAAGGUGGAGAUGAACUUGGACAACGAUUCCAACAAUCUGGUUCAAGCUCCGACAAACGGGGACUCUGAGAAGCUUUCGCCCUCCACUUUAUCUUCUCUUUUGGGUUCUAAAGAUCGUGAUUAUCUUCUCUGCUCCACUGCAGCAGCUGCUGAAACUGAUCAGCAGGUGAAAAUUUCGGAUCUAGAGGGCAAGGUGAUCGGAAUUUACUUCUCAGCUAACUGGUAUCCACCAUGUAGAAAUUUCAACCGAGUAUUGAUUGGUGUGUAUGAGCAGCUGAAGAGCAAUGGAUCUAACUUUGAGAUUGUAUUUGUGUCAUCUGAUGAAGACUUGGAUGCCUUCAACAGCUACCGUGAAAACAUGCCAUGGCUUUCGAUUCCCUUUUCUGAUUUGGAGACAAAGAAGGCCUUGAAUCGAAAAUAUGACGUGGAAAGCAUUCCUUGCUUAGUUAUUUUGCAGCCUGACAACACCAAGGAUGAUGAUACUUACUAUGAUGGCGUAGAACUCAUUUACCGGUAUGGGGUUGAUGCCUUCCCAUUUACCAAAGAAAAGUUGGAUGAAUUGCGAAGGGAAGAGAAGAGGAAGCAUGACAGCCAGACCGUUACCAAUUUAUUAACAAACCCUGAAAGAGACUAUCUCUUGGAUCAAACCAUAACUAGAAAGGUGCCGGUUGAUUCCUUGAAAGGUAAGACAGUUGGGCUGUACCUCUCAGCGCAAUGGUGCAUGCCUUGUGUUGAGUUCACUCCAAAACUGAUAUCCAUCUACCAGAAGAUCAAGCAAGCUUUGCAAGAAAAAGGUGGUGGUGAGGAUUUCGAGAUCGUUUUCGUGUCAAAUGAUCGUGAUCAAAGUUCGUUCGAAUCCUACUUUGGUACCAUGCCAUGGCUGGCGUUGCCUUUCCGAGACCCCACGGCCAGAACCCUUGCCAAGUACUUUGAUGUGCAAUGGAUUCCUUGUUUGAUAAUUAUAGGCCCCGACGGCAAAACGGUAACCAAGCAAGGCAGAAACCUUAUAAAUCUGUACCAGGAAAAUGCGUACCCUUUCACAGAUGCCAAAGUGGAGUCGCUAGAGAAAGAAAUGGAAGAGGCAGCCAAGAGCUUACCAAGAAGUGAAUACCAUGCAGGACAUCGGCAUCUGCUAACGUUGGUAUCAGAAGGCAGUGGAGGGGGCCCCUUUAUAUGCUGCGAUUGUGAUGAGCAGGGAUCUGGUUGGGCUUACCAAUGUCUGGAGUGUGGGUACGAGGUGCACCCAAGGUGCAUCAGAGCUGUCACCCCUCAAAGCUCAAUUGAAGACAGAAUUCAGCUUGAUUUGUCGCCUCAACUACGUGACGUCAGCCAUGAGCGUUUCAGUGCUGACAUGGCCACUUCGCCCAUCCUCGCCAGAAACCAUGCAAAUGAAGCUUCUUCGAAGUUUCCAUUUUUUUUCAUAAGAAAUAAUAGUUAGGCAGGGGUUUUGGUUUUGAAAUCUAUCAAAGUGAUUGAUUGUUAUUUUGAGUGGAAGAGAGUUUAGAAAAAAAAAGGUUACAUGUAAAGUUCUAUGUUAUGAAGCUAUUAAAUAAUGUUUGGGGAUUGAAAAGUGCGACUGUUUAUGUAGAAUAAUUGAAAUUAAUUUCAUAAAGUCGUACAAACGAAAUAUAUAAAAGUUAUAAUUAGCUUGAGCA